AACGGUGUACGAGCUGUCUAAAGUGAACUAACCGGGCUUCAGGUUAUUAUAUUCGAAGAUUCUUUCAAGUGUAAGAUUUAAUCAGAAUGCUCCGUGGAUAUGAAGGUGUCCGCUUUCUAUCGGACAAACAAAUGGUGAUAUUCGACAUCGGAAGCGCGUACACCAAGUAUGGUUAUGCGGGUGAAGCUACACCACGCGGCAUUAUAAAAACGGAGGUGAUCUGUUCAGAAACCAAACAGCUCAGGAAACUGUAUGAUUAUAAAGAUACUGAUGAUUUGUAUCAAUUACUCGUUGAAUUUCUUCAUUGUCUAUUUUUCAGGUAUGUCGUGAUAACCCCAAAGGAUGCUAGAAUUGUAGUAUUGGAAUCUCUUCUAACACCAUCCCAAUUCAGAGAUACACUAGCUAAAGUACUAUUUAGGCAUUUUGAAAUUGGUUCUCUGAUGUUAUUGUCUGUUCAUUUAGCAACUGUUAGUACUUUAGGCACCAACACAGCUUUAGUGUUAGACGUUGGAUACAAAGAAGCUACAUUGAUUCCAAUUUAUGAGGGUGUACCAAUUUUGAAAGCAUGGCAGGCCCUUCCCUUAGCUAGUCAAGCUGUACACGAGUAAGUCGAUUCUUCUCUGAAAGAGACAUCACCUAAUAUGAAUAUAACAGAGAAACUUGUAGAGGAUAUAAAAGUCAGAACAUGCUUUGUUACUACAUUAGAGAGAUCUAUUAAAUUAGGAACAGAGAAUGCUCCUAGUCCUCCACCUGCAGUUGUGUAUCCUGGAGUAAAAAAUAUUACUAUACCUGGUGAAGUUAGAGAAAAAGCAUUUGAAGUAUUAUGGGAAAGGGAUAAUGAUAACUUAAGUAUACCUACUAUGAUUCUGGAUGCUAUUCUCAAGUGUCCAAUAGACACUAGACGCCCCUUGGCUGAAAAUAUAAUAUUAAUUGGAGGCACAACAAUGUCGAAAGGUUUUGCUAGUCGCCUGAAAUCCGAACUAUUAACUUUACUGAAAAGCAACCUUUAUUCGGACAAAUUAAAAAUUCAGGUGUUCAAAUUUCACACUGCACCUAGUAAACCUAAUUAUACAGCAUGGUUGGGUGGCGCUAUUUUCGGAACUAUAGACCUUCCCUUAAGAUGCGUAUCUAAAGAGAAUUAUUUGAAAUCUAAUAGAGUCCCUGAUUGGACCAGUUUAGUGGAUAAUCAAAGAGUGGAUUCUGUGACUUGUGAAAUGUAAAUCUUGACCUAAAUGUAUUUCUAUGUACAUAUUGAAAUGUAAGAGCAGUUAUUUAUUUCCUAUUUCUUAACUUUUGUACUCGACACUCUUGGAUUUAGAAACACAAUUCUAAUCAAUGUAAAAUAUGCACAUACACGAUUGAAU